ACACACCAAAUAACCAAUCUUCCAUUUCCACACACUGAAACAGUCUACUUAUCCACUCUCCCACCAACCUUUCUCCUCACACCAUUCAUAUAAUCUCACUUCAAUUUCACACCCAGAAAUUCGAGGAGAGAGAAACUCAACCUUCAUCAACAAUGGCGUCUGCAGCUUCAUCCUCUGCUAUUCUCUCUUCUAAUCCUAGGGUUUUCGCCCCUAAAUCUCAUGCUCCAAUGGCGGCUGCUUCCGUUUCUUCUCUCCCUAAACCUUUCUCCCAAACCCUAACUCUUUCUUCCACCUUCAAUGGCAAAUCCUUCCAACCUCCUCGCUCUUUGUCUUCUCGCCGCACUCAAUCUUCCAGACGCAGCUUCGUCGUUCGCGCUUCUGCUGACCUCCCCUUAGUUGGAAACGUUGCGCCAGACUUUGAGGCGGAGGCUGUUUUCGACCAAGAAUUCAUCAAUGUUAAACUUUCUGAUUACAGGGGAAAGAAAUAUGUAAUUUUGUUUUUCUAUCCUUUGGACUUUACAUUUGUUUGUCCUACUGAAAUCACUGCUUUCAGUGACCGUCAUGCAGAAUUUGAGAAGUUGAACACCGAAAUUCUAGGUGUUUCCGUUGACAGUGUUUUCUCACAUCUCGCAUGGGUCCAAACAGAUAGGAAGUCUGGUGGUUUGGGUGAUUUGAAUUAUCCCUUGGUUUCUGAUGUCACCAAGUCUAUCUCAAAGGCUUUCAAUGUUCUGAUCCCAGACCAGGGAAUUGCAUUGAGAGGAUUGUUCAUCAUUGACAAGGAAGGAGUCAUUCAACAUUCAACCAUCAACAAUCUUGCUAUUGGUCGUAGUGUUGAUGAGACUCUGAGAACACUCCAGGCAUUGCAGUAUGUGCAGGAGAACCCUGAUGAAGUCUGCCCCGCAGGGUGGAAGCCUGGGGAGAAAUCAAUGAAGCCAGACCCCAAGCUUAGCAAGGAGUACUUUGCUGCCAUUUAAGGAACACGAUUGACUCUGCAUCACAUAGGAAGUCCUGAAUUUUUGUUUUCUGUAUCAUGAUCUGUAAUCUUUUGCGAAAUUUGAGCUGAUUCUAGGGAAUAAAUGUCAACAAUUUAUCUAUGUAUCGCUUUUGUAGCAGAUCCAAUUGUAAUGGUUUAAACUAUUAUCAUUGAGCUAUUUGGAUUGUGUGCUUUGUUGUAGCUAGCAGUACAACGGAAAAUUGUUUAUUAGAAGCACUGCAAAUUGCUCAACUUUGAGCAUCGUUUUAGUAUGCA